AUUUAGAAAAUCGUCGGAAGCCCCAGAGUUUCGCUCUCGUCGCGGAAGCAUUCUCCUCCACUCUGCACUGCAUUUCUGCAGAAAGAAAAAAAAAACUUCCAAAAAUCACACGAACUCGCUGCUGCCCAGCACCACAACCCCUUCAACGAUGAACAUCUAUUUCUCUACUGCCGCUGAGGAAUCACAAAACCCUACUUAUUUCAGCUAAGUCAUUUCAAUCUGGGUCCCGAAUCAGCUAAAAGGUAGAGCCAUCCUUUUCUUCUUCCUCUUGAUGAAUUCAUUUCACUGUUCGGAAUCUCACCUGUUUCUUCGGGGUUUCCACUUAAUGGGCAUACACAUGCCCGAAAUCUCGAAUUUUGGAUGUGAUUGGGGAGGACUGAGAUAGAGGGUAUGCCCCAUUACUCCAGACUAUCAUUUCAUGUAGUAUAUAGCUCAUUUGGCCAAAGGGUCAUCCAUGGGUUUUGUUGUUUUAGCAGUUCCUCAUUUGGUGAAAGUGUAGCCAAUGGGCUUGGAAGCAUUGAGUACCAUUUGAGUGAAAGUUUGAAACCCCCCAAUUUUGAUCACAGUUUAGAGGAAAAGCUAAGUUCUCAUUCGUCACACGGAGGGAACGGGCUUUCCAAAGGCCAUUUCCAGCAAAACGUUUCCUCGAGGAAGAGUGCUGCUGGCGAUUUCAGAAGCGAGGCUCAGAAGAUUCUAGAAAUUCUUCAUCAAGAUGCUCCCGAGUUAGACAAGAAAGUGGCUUUAGAUGAUCUGCAAGUUAGGGUUACGGGACUUCUGGUGAGGGAAGUUCUCUUAAAGAUAUUGAGAAUCACAAGUUAUGAUGAGAACAAGAAACAUUGCUCCAAGAUUGGGUGCAUGUUCUUUCAGUGGUCCGGUCUGCAGGAAAACUAUGCGCACACAACAUAUUCGUACCAUUUAAUGAUGCAGAUCUUGUCUGAGGCAGGGGAAUUCAAGGCCAUGUGGGAACUAGUAGAUGAGAUGAUUGAAAAUGGUUACCCGACAACUGCUCGGACUUUCAACAUAUUGAUAUGUGCAUGUGGUAAUGCAGGGUUAGCUAGAAAAGUAGUGCAAAGGUUUAUCAAAACAAAACAGUUCAACUAUAGGCCAUUCAAGCAUUCUUUUAAUGCAAUUCUACACGGUCUCUUGGCUGUAAACAAUUACAAGCUGAUUGAAUGGGUAUAUCAGCAGAUGUUGUUUGAAGGCCAUUCACCGGAUAUUUUAGCUUACAAUGCACUCUUGUGUGCCAAGUACAGGUUAAGAAAAUUGUGUCAUUUUCACAGGUUACUUGAUGAAAUGGAAAGAAACGGCGUUUCCCCUGAUUUCCACACAUUCAAUCUGCUUCUUCACAUUCUUGGCAGAGAGAACAAACCACAUGCAGCUCUUAAUCUUUUGAACCACAUGAAAGAUAUCGGCUGUGAUCCUAGUGUUCUCCACUUCACAACUCUUAUUGAUGGGCUGAGUCGAGCUGGUAACUUGAACUCAUGCAAAUACUUUUUCUAUGAGAAAAUGAGGCAAUGCGGUUGUUUGCCUGAUGUUGUCUGUUACACUGUGAUGAUAACGGGGUGCAUUGUGGCCAGGGAGUUUAGUAAAGCUGAGGAGUUAUUUGCUGAGAUGGUUAACUAUGGGCAGCUACCAAAUGUAUUUACUUACAACUCCAUGAUCCGCGGGCUUUGUAUGUCUGGGAAAUUCGACGAAGCUUGUGCUAUGCUGGAUGAAAUGGAGUCUAGGGGUUGUAACCCAAAUUUUCUUGUUUAUAGAUCUCUGGUAAGUCAUUUGCAGAAUGCUGGAGAGCUUACGAAAGCUCAUCAAGUCAUAAGACAGAUGGUGGUAAAGGGGCGAUAUACCCAUCUUGUACCGAGGAUAACAAGAUAUAGAAGACCAUGAACAGUUCUGUAUGUAGGGGUGUAUAACCUUUAAUUAGUUGAAAAAAACAAUGAAAGGUCACAAUUGUAAGCAUGGUUUCCAAUGAUUUACAGAAUGUAAUCCAUCAAUUUUCUCAUUCAAUUUAUGUAUUCUGUGUUAAGGAGUACAAUAUAUACCUUCCCACAAAAACAAAUAAACACCAAAACAAUGUUUAUCAAGAGCAAGACUAGGAUUCACUGGUUCAAGGAAUACAAUAUUGACAUUGUU